ACAACAGCUGCUACAGAGGAAACGGAAGGGACGAAACACAGAAAACUCAUUUCAAAACCUCGAGGCUGUACUCACAUUUGCUGUAUGUAUUCCUCUUUUUUCUAAUCUACAAUCUUCUGAAAAGUUUAGCAUAAUUUAUUCUCCUUUUUUUCAUCUCAAGUUGUUUUUUUAAAUUUUUUUUUAUUAAAAAAAAAUCUGGUUGUGGCAAACAGCCUCCACCCUAAACAGGAGAAAGAGAAGAGAGCUACUCCAUAGCAAGGAGAUGCCCCCGCAGCCACAGGUGAAGAGGAAUUUCCUGGAGUUCCUCAAGAGCUUUAUUGGGAUUGUCAGGCUCCUUCAAAUCCUUCUGGGAGCAGGUCUUUGGGUUACCAUCGCUGCAAACAAAUUAAAUCCUACAGCUCCUGACAUUCAGCAGUUCAGAUACCUUCCUGCUGGACCAAAUCAUUGCUUCUGUCGAGUCUCCCAGGACCUGCUCCUCCAUCGCUCUCAUCAUAAACAUCUCUCAUCAGCUCAACACUGCAUCCUGCCUCACCUCCCAGCAUUACAGAAACACCAACGGCUGAGAGAUGCUGCAAUCCAAGGCAAAAAGGUAGAAGGAAAAGAAGUGGCUUAACCACCCUAACUCAACCCAAGUGGAGGAACCCUUCAUCCUGGUGAGCAAUCUCCUUGCCAGUGCAGUGAGGGAGAGCUCUCCUGGGAAUAUUUGGGGGGCCUUGUGGGCGAGGGUUGGACUAUCCUAUCUACCUUCCCUGGACUACUGGGAGGAUGAAUCUGCAGGGUCUUACCUGCCCUCCAUGGACUUUCAGGAUGGUUAUGAGCAUUAUAGCACAAUGUGGACUAUGAUGACCGUAGUCUCAGGUCAGAUGCGGGGUCUGACCACUCUGUGGACCUUUCAAUGGUGGAGGAGGCCCUCCAUGAGGAUCCCACUGCAGAGAAGGAAAUGGGGUCAGGGGACUCUGAUAAGGAUGAGCCACUGGCACCUAAGACUUCACCAAGAGCAUGUCACUCUAGAGCCCGCAAGCGUCCCUGUGUUUCCUUUGAAGAGGCUUCAUCACUGGCACUGAAGUCAUUAAGGGAUGCUCCCUUAACUGGAGUACAAGACCCUAAAGCUCUGUGCCUGCACUUCAGCUGAAACUGGGAAAGGCGGAUGCAGUGGGGGCUUCUGUCGCAGCACAGCCCACACCUUCUAGACCCCUCCCCAUCUUCAUCUGACAUUUUGUGUGUGUGUGUGUGUGUGUGUGCGUCUACAUGGCCAUGCCCCUUCCUGAUUAGUCGGUUACCUGUUACACCUGUCCUCUGUUAGUCAUCGAAAACAUGUAUAUUUAAGUCCUUGUGUAUUAGUCAGUCUUUGUCUGUGUUUGCUGUUAUCUGCCUCAUCGUAUUGUCAAAGCCCCUUUACUUGCAUAAUACCUUUUUGUCUUGUUUUAAAGUGGUGUU